AUGUCAUCCUCGGCACAGCGAAAACCAUAUAAGAAUCAUCUGAAGAGAUUCCACUCACAAGGGUCUACCUCAGCACAAUCGGUGGAAUUAACCACAUUGUCAGAGAUGUUUCCGGAUUGGGAAGCAGAAGACUUGAAGACUUUACUUGCCGAAAAUAGAAAUGACUUGGAAACAGUCAUCGACUUGAUCGUCAAUAACAAGGUAUCUAAGUGGGAACCUAUAAAGAAGGAAGUCAGAAACAAGAAGAAAGAAAGUAUUGACACCGAAGAAUCUACUCCUUCUGAAAGUAACAUUUCUGCAGGUCAACUGCAAACAGGCCAAGACCAUCACCAUCACAAGCAUAACAAGUUUUCUUCAACCUCCACUACCAACACUAGCAACAACAAUAACAAUUCAUACAAUUCGUCCAAUGCAUAUGCAAAGUCAGCUAGAAGAGAAAGACCAGAAAGAUCAGCUAGACCAAAGCAAUCUAAGGAUGCCUCCAAAAAGGAAGGUUCUACUGGCUCAUCAGCCCCUGCAUCUACAUCUUCAUCUACUUCAACUGCAUCUGCUCCAUCCGUUCCAGCUAACUCGUGGGCAGCUGCGUUAUCUGCUGAUAAGAAACCAAAGCCAAAGACAAUGGAAAAAGCUCAAGAACCAGUCGUUGAAGAACAAAACGUAGAAGUCUCUGAACAAGUUGCUGAAGAACCAGCAGGAGAAUCCGAGUCCUUGGAGGAAACAAAACCUGUAGAAGAGACCAAAUCUACUCCUAAGCAAGCUCCAACUGCUAAAGCCCAGCCUGGUGCAUCAUGGGCAUCUGCCAUUGCUUCAGCUCAAAAGCCAAAGACCAAGUCCGUAGAAAGCCCAGUUGAACAAUCAAAGGAAGAAGAAGAAUCUGCUGAAGUACCAGCUAAGGAAGAGGAAGUCUCUGUUCCAGCUGUGUCUGCUACUGAGUCCGUCCCAGAACCUGAACAAGUUCAGGAAGCUCAAGAAGUUCAAGAAGUCUCUGUUGAAAUCCAAGAACCAAUUACCGAAGUUGCUCCUGUUGCCGAACCAGUUUCUAUCCCAUCUGCUAAUGUACCUGAACCAGUAUCUGUUGCCCCAGGUAUUGUCUCUGCUCCCGAGCCUCAAGUGAUAUUACCUACUUCUACCCAACAACUUAACACCGUAGGUGUCUCCUUUGGUUCAUUAUCAUUAGGUGAAGAGGAAAAGGAAGCUGAAACUCAAGAAGCUGUUCAAGAAGUUCAAACCAGUGCUUCUGCUCCUUCCCAACAACAACAACAACAACAGCAACAACAACAACAACAAUCUCAAACUGUCCCUCAACAACAACAACAGAGAUAUGGAUACUACAACAACCAAAAUAGAUAUAGUCAACAAGUUUACCAACAACCUCAACAAUACAGUCAGUCCAAGCAACAACCUCAACAACAAUACGAUUACUACUCUCAAUUCCAACAACAACAAUACCCUCAACAAACCCAAUUACCUGGUAACCAAUUUGGAUAUCCAGGUAUGGACUACAGUGCAUACACACAGCCUUCUGCAUCCCCAGCCGCUACUAACGCGAACACUGCCUAUGGUCAAUACACUCAACCUGCCACUCAAAGUCAAGCUACCACUUCUCAAGAUGCUACUUCACAAUCUCCUGUUGUAAACCCCAAUAACUUGCAACAACAAGUGCCUACUGCUCCAUUCGGGUACCCAUACUUCAACUACUAUUACAACACUCCAUUCUAUGCUAACAAUGGACUUGGUGCUCAAAGUGGAUUUGGUACUCAAGGCGCUCAAACCGGUGCUAUUCAAGGUACUAACCAAACUGCUGUUAACAACGGUUAUGCUGGUAAUGGUGCUGCCAACUCUCAAUACUAUGUUCAACCAAACCAAUACAACAACAGAUACCCUGGCUACAGUUCAGGAUAUCCUCAACAGGCUCCUCAAUCCAAUGGUCAAUCCCAACCAGCUUCUGCUAGCGGCAGUACCAAUGCAACUGAAGGUGAUGCUCCCUCUGGUCAACAACAACAAGGGAACGCACAACCUGUUGGUUCUCAUGGCCAACAACAGGUUCCUCAACAACCUAUAGUUCCUCAAUAUGGUUACCAACAGUAUCCUCAAUACGGUGGUUAUCAAAACACUUCACAGUACCCCAAUUGGUACUAG